CAGGCAGCGCGGUCGGCGGCGCCUGUUUCCCGCCAUUGUGCGAAGUGGAGGCUGUGGCCCGCGCGCCGCGCCAGCCGGUCGCCAGCAGCUUUUCAGCAGCGGCUGCUGCAGCCGCCGCUCCCUGAGGCGCAGGGAGGUCAGGCGGCCCGCGUGCCGCGGCUCGUCCUGCGUGGGAGGGCGCGGCGAGGAACGGCCGAAGCCCUGAGAGGAGGAGGCGGAGAAGGGGUGCCGGCCGCCCGGACGCGCUCGCCCCGCGGAUCGCCGCCGCCCGGGCAGCGCCGGCCCUUCGGCGACAUGCCCUGCGGGGAGGACUGGCUCAGCCAUCCGCUCGGCAUCGUGCAGGGCUUGUUCGCCCAAAAUGGAGUUAAUCCUGACUGGGAGAAGAAAGUCAUCGAAUAUUUUAAGGAGAAGCUGAAGGAAAAUAACGCGCCUAAGUGGGUACCAUCACUGAAUGAAGUUCCCCUUCAUUAUUUGAAACCUAACAGUUUUGUGAAAUUUCGUUGCAUGAUUCAGGAUAUGUUUGACCCUGAAUUUUAUAUGGGAGUUUAUGAAACGGUUAACCGAAAUACAAAAGCACGUGUUCUUCAUUUUGGAAAAUACAGAGAUGUAGCAGAGUGUGGGCCUCAACAAGAAGUUGAUUUAAACUCUCCUCGAACCACCACUUUGGAAAGACAGACUUUCUAUUGUGUUCCAGUGCCUGGGGAAUCGACGUGGGUCAAAGAGGCCUAUGUUAACGCAAACCAAGCUCGAGUUAGCCCCUCGACAUCCUACACUCCCAGUCGUCACAAGAGGAGUUAUGAAGAUGAUGAAGAUAUGGACCUUCAGCCCAGCAAACAGAAAGAGCAGCAUGCGGGUGCCAGACAAGCAGGGAGGGUUGGUGGUCUUCAGUGGUGUGGAGAGCCAAAACGCUUAGAGACUGAAGCUUCCACUGGACAACCGUUGAGCUUCCUGAACGUGUCUUCUCCUUUUGACCUGAACUUCCCCCUGCCAGGAGAGAAAGGCCCCGCGUGCCUUGUGAAGGUCUAUGAGGACUGGGAUCGCUUCAAAGUCAAUGAUGUUCUUGAGUUAUAUGGCGUACUCUCUGUGGACCCCGCGCUAAGUAUUCUGAAUAGUGAUGACAGGGACGCCUCCUCGCUCCUGGACCCGAUGGAAUGCACAGACGCCGCGGAGGAGCAGCGUGUCCACAGCCCCCCGGCCUCCUUGGUGCCGAGAAUCCAUGUGAUUCUAGCCCAGAAGUUGCAGCACAUCAACCCACUGUUGCCUGCUUGCCUCAACAAAGAGGAGAGCAAACCCUUUGUCUCAGGCUUCAUGUCCGAACUGUCUCCAGUCAGAGCAGAGCUGCUGGGGUUCCUCACUCAUGCCCUUUUGGGAGAUAGUUUGGCGGCCGAAUACCUUAUAUUACAUCUCAUCUCUACAGUAUAUACAAGAAGAGAUGUUCUACCACUAGGAAAAUUCACACUGAACUUGAGUGGCUGCCCACGGAGUAGUUCCUUCACAGAACACUUAUAUCGGAUUAUUCAGCAUCUUGUUCCAGCAUCUUUUCGUCUCGAGAUGACCAUAGACAACAUGAAUCAUUUGAAGUUCAUUCCCCACAAAGACUAUGCUGCCAACCGCUUGGUCAGUGGCCUCCUGCAGCUGCCCAGCAGCACAUCUCUCGUAAUUGACGAAACUCUUCUGGAACAAGGGCAGCUGGACACACCAGGCGUUCAUAAUGUGACUGCCCUGAGCAACCUAAUAACUUGGCAGAAGGUGGAUUAUGACUUCAGUUACCACCAGAUGGAAUUCCCCUGCAAUAUUAAUGUUUUUAUUACUUCCGAGGGGAGAUCACUCCUCCCGGCAGACUGCCAGAUCCACUUGCAGCCGCAGAUCAUUCCACCGAACAUGGAGGAGUACAUGGACAGCCUCCUCUCGGCGGUGCUGCCUUCUGUCUUGAAUAAGUUCCGGAUUUACCUGACCCUUCUGAGGUUCCUGGAUUACAGCAUAUCUGAUGAAAUAACCAAGGCAGUUGAAGACGAUUUUGUGGAGAUGCGCAAGCAUGACCCUCAGAGCAUCACUGCCGAUGAUCUCCACCAGCUGCUCGUGGUAGCGCGGUUUCUGUCCCUCAGCGCUGGUCAGACAACGCUGUCCAGAGAGCGAUGGCUAAGAGCCAAGCAGCUAGAGUCUGUGAGGAGAACCAGGCUCCAACAGCAGAGAUGCGUGAACGGAAAUGAACUCUAAAGAUGCUGCCUCUGGAGAGCAGUGUGCAACUUCUACCCACGUUAUUGUAAAAUCCAAAUAUCAUUUAUACCACAUUGUUUUGUAGAUAAUUUGUAUUAAAACCAAUGACCUUUCCUGAAAUCAAGCCUAAUAACAUCUGAAGUUUAUACGAUGUUCAGUGAGAGCUUUUAUCUUACUGAUUUUAUGGAGCUUUUGAAGUUCGUUUUAUAAUUAUAUAAAUUAGUAACAAUGUACAAAAAAAAGUAUUUGAUAUUAAAGUUUAAU